AUUUCACACUGACCUCGGGAAUAUUCAUGUAUGGCACUGUCGCUUUCGUCUGACGACGCCCCAGAUGAGCCAAUGCCUUGCUCGAGAAGCGCCUGCCAAAGCCCACUUGAUCUACCUGCGACUUGGUCACUCGGACUAAUUACAUGGAUCGGAGCAGCCCUUGAGCCAAGCUGCCGCAGCGGCAAGCCCUCAAUAUGGAAUUUGAGGAGUUUGAGGACGUGUUGUUUGGCGUUCCAUUGUCGCACGGUUCCUUCGCCGACGCUAGGGACGAUGAAUUCGACGACGAGAUACUGGAGGCCCAAUCCGAUGGCGAGGAUAUUCUGUGGGAUCUGGGGAGCAGUCCGACACUAACUCCUGCACUGACCGCCAACACACCAGACAAGUCGACGGUUGAAAACCUCGGGCGUGCAGCUACCGCUAGCGCUCUGGCGGGUUCGGGAAGGCCUGCUCGAGCGAUCCAGGACAGGGACUGGGUAAUAGCCCGCAUCGAAGAAAUGCUCGAAACGGUGGUCGACGGCCUUCUGGAUGAUGCUCAUCCCGUCUGUAUCACCUUGACGUCGCGAUCAGGCCUCACUCGCCGUCGCCCGAACCCCUCCGAAGCCAACGAGGCGAUUCCAUCACCAAGAGUCCAGCAGAUCAGCUUCCCUGGGUCCAAUGCUCAAGAGGCGUGGAGAUUCACUGUGCUCGUACGCAUCCUGGAGCUUGUUCAUAGUUGCCUUGUUGACAAUGCGGUCAUGACCAAGCGGGACAUGUACUAUCGUCAUCCGGAUCUCUUCAUGAAGCAGUCCGUUGUUGACCGCUAUGUCGAUGACUUGGCCUGUACCCUUAGGGUAUCGAGGUCGCAGCUGAACGUAACGGCCGCAGCAAAGGGCCUCGUUGCCGGUAACUUUCUCAUACGGCGAGAGAACGGCACUGUAGCCCACGGGCUGAGCGAGGACGAGGGUAUACUAAUACCUAAAGUUCACGACAGUGACGAGCUGGAUCUGUCGUUGAUCCGGUGGAUCCUCGUGAUGGAGAAAGAGGCAGGUAGCCGCAUAGCUCGUCUUGCGUCACUGACCUCUUCAAAGGCCACUUUCCGUUCCCUGCUCAGUUCAAGCCGCUGGAGAGAGCUCGGUUCCCAUGGUCUGGUACUCACGGCCAAAGGCUAUCCCGAUCUAGCUUCGAGAAAACUCCUCCGCCAGCUUGCCGACGAGAUACCCCACAUCCCAAUGUAUGCCUUUGUCGAUUUCGAUCCAGACGGCAUCGCGAUCAUGUCGACGUACAAACACGGAUCAUACAGGCUCGCCCACGAGGAUGUUACAUCCAAGGAUACACCCGGCUUGCACUUGCCCGAUCUUCAGUGGCUCGGUGUCCAGAGUCACCACAUCAGUCAAAGCCCGGUAACCGAGAGUGACACAGAAACGGGUCCAGCUGGCGAUCCGCAAGGCCUCAUGAGAUUAACGGCCAGGGAUCGAAAGAAAGCACAUCGAAUGCUGGAGUGGGACAUGUGCGCCGAAGAUGGACCGGAGCCAGUGUGGAGGGAGGAGCUGCAGCGGAUGCUUAUGCUCAAUAUCAAAGCGGAGAUGCAGAUACUGGACGAGCUACCCGGUGGCCUGGUGGCAUGGUUGAGCAGCAAGCUGGACGUGUUGCAAGGGUCGAGAUCACCCGUCUUGAGCAUCUGCUCAGACAACGAGUUGCUUUUUUGACGGGUGUAUAGAGAGCAGGCUUGCACACGCAUGCAUAUUUCGCAUCUGAAUAUGAGACUAUUGCACACCAUCUCGAGCGGAGCGACUGUUCCGUGGCACAGCUCCUCUUUUGAUGCUCUUGCGCACAGGCGCAGUGCCGCCGGAGACGAUUAGCUGGCCACGCAUAUAGCUCCGCAUUGGAAGCGAGAUCGGCGUGCGACUCGAGCCCAAGGUGUCAAAGG